AAAAAAAGACCGCGCACUUUCAGGAUUUGAACCAACGAACUGCCCUGCCGGCGAGGACGGCUUCCUGCUCAGCCCGGCACGGCGGUUUGUGAGAUCGGCAUCUGGCGGGCGCCGCCGGAGCACAACAGAGGAAGGGUGCUGGCAGCAACUGGGCCGGGCCGGGGGGUGCUGAGCCGCUGAGGUGGGGACGCGGAUUACCCAUGCCGCCAUGCGCCCAUUCAAGCCCCCCGCCGCCGCCGCCGCCGGCAGCGUCGCCUCGCGCCUGGCCCCGCUGGACGCGCGCACGGUCAAGGCGGGCUUCGACCCACUCACCUGCCGCCGCAACCUCCACUUCAAUUUCCUCAUCUCCUCCGGCCGCAACGACCGCGCCCGCGAGGUGUUCGACCAGAUGCCCGAGAAGACCGUCCACUCCCUCAACCGCAUGCUUUGGAGAUACUCCAGGUCCGGCAACCUCGCCGCCGCCGAGGACCUGUUCGGCACUGCGACCUGCCGCAAUGCCGUCACCUGGACCAUCAUGAUGGGCGUGGCCGCCGCGGGCGGGCGUGACUCCAAUGCCGUGUCGGUAUUCCGCGACAUGCUCAGGGAUGGCGAGGCGCCCGACCACGUUGCCAUCUCCACCGUGCUCAACGUGCCUGGAUGCGAUGUCGCGUCGCUCCAUCCCUUCGUCACCAAGCUCGGCCUUGGCACCAGCCUCGUCGUCUGUAACACGCUGAUCGACGCGUACUGCAAGCAAGGCUUCAUUGCUGCUGGCCGGAGAGUCUUCCUGGAGAUGCCAGAGAGGGACACGGUCUCGUACAAUGCCAUGAUGAUGGGGUGCUCCAAGGAGGGGCUGCACAGGGAGGCACUUGGGGUAUUUGCCGAGAUGCGACGUGAAGGCAUUGACACCAGCCAGUUCACAUUCUCGAGUAUGCUGACCGUGGCAACAGGUAUGGUUGCUCUCCACCUUGGACGUCAGAUUCACGGUCUUGUUGUGAGAGCCGGCUCAGCACACAAUGUCUUUGUCAAUAACUCAUUGCUUGAUUUCUACUCAAAAUGCGACUGCCUUGGUGAUCUGGAGCAGCUGUUUCGUGAGAUGACAGAUCGGGACAAUGUUUCGUACAAUGUGAUGAUUUCAGCCUAUGCUUGGAACCGAUGUGCCAACAAGGUUUUGCAGUUAUUCAGGAAGAUGCAGGCAAUUGGAUUUGACAGGUGGGCCUUACCAUAUGCUAGCUUACUGAGUGUAGUUGGGUCACUGCCUGACAUUGAGAUUGGGAAACAAAUACAUGCUCAAUUGGUACGUCUUGGCCUUGCUUCGGAUGAUCUUGUAGGGAAUGCCCUGAUUGACAUGUACUCAAAAUGUGGUAUGCUGGAUACCGCAAAGACUAGUUUUGCAAACAAAAGUGAAAAAACUGCCGUCUCGUGGACCGCAUUGAUAACUGGUUGUGUCCAAAAUGGUCAGCAUGAGGAAGCACUGCAAUUAUUCUGUGACAUGAGAAGAAUUGGUCUAAGGCCUGAUAGGGCAACUUGUUCUAGCAUCAUGAAGGCUUCCUCAAGCUUGGCAAUGAUUGGGCUAGGAAGGCAGCUGCAUUCUUACUUCACAAAAUCAGGCCACAUGUCCAGUGUGUUCUCAGGUAGUGCCCUUCUCGACAUGUACGCAAAAUGUGGCUGUUUGGAUGAAGCCAUCAGGACAUUUGAUGAGAUGCCUGAUAAGAAUUCCAUCACAUGGAACGCUGUAAUUUCAGCUUAUGCACACUAUGGACAAGCAAAGAAUGCCAUCAGGAUGUUUGAAAGCAUGCUCCACUGUGGUCUUUAUCCAGAUUCAGUCACCUUCUUGAGUGUGCUAGCAGCCUGCGGUCACAAUGGUCUUGCGGAAGAAUGCAUGAAAUACUUCAACCUGAUGAAAUAUUACUAUAGCAUGUCACCCUGGAUGGAACACUAUUCUUGUGUUAUUGAUACCUUGGGUCGGGCAGGCUAUUUUGAUAAAGUUCAGAAAGUGUUGGAUGAGAUGCCAUUUGAGGCUGGUCCAAUAAUUUGGAGCUCCAUUCUUCACUCGUGCAGGAUCUAUGGAAACAAGGGUUUAGCUAAAAUUGCUGCCGAAAAAUUGUUCAGUAUGACGCCCACAGAUGCGACACCCUAUGUUAUACUGUCCAACAUAUAUGCUAAAGCUGGUCGUUGGGAAGAUGCUGCACGUGUGAAAAAGAUUAUGAGAGAUAGAGGAGUUAGGAAAGAGUCGGGUAACAGUUGGGUUGAAAUCAAGCAAAAGAUCUACAGCUUUUCUUCAAAUGAUCAAACCAACCCAAUGAUAGCUGAGAUGAAAGAAGAGCUUGAGAGGUUGUACAAAGAGAUGGACAAACUAGGCUAUGAGCCCGACACUAGCUGUGCCUUGCAUCUGGUGGAUGAUGAGCUAAAGUUGGAGUCAUUGAAAUACCACAGCGAGAGAUUGGCCAUUGCGUUUGCCCUGAUUAACACCCCACCUAGGACACCAAUUAGGGUUAUGAAGAAUCUUAGUGCCUGUCAAGACUGCCAUGCUGCCAUCAAGAUGAUAUCUAAAAUUGUGAACAGAGACAUUAUUGUAAGGGACUCACGCAGAUUUCACCAUUUCAAGGAUGGUGUUUGCUCUUGUGGAGACUAUUGGUAGGAACUCGACCUGCUGCUUAGUUUGAUCAAACUAAUAAAAAUGCAUACUGAAUAUGCUGAAGCACAACCAAAGAUUUACAGGAGCACGUGUCAGUUCGAACAGUAUCUGAAGAGCUGAAGACAUCCCUGAAUGUGAAAAUUCAGGCAUGGCUGCAUUGAUGUUCAGCCUAGUUGUGAUUGACAUAAUCAAAAGGUUGUUAUCUGAAUUCGGCCUGGAUACCUAACAGGUUAGUUCCUUCAAUUUUGUUGAUACACUUUCAUCUGUGAUUGAUGUAGUCUUGAAAUCUUUGAUGUCAGAAAUCUUUGAUGUCAGAAAUCUCAAUUUAAACACUUCCACUAGAAGCACGAGUAGCUUGUAACACAACAGCAUGUGUUGGAAGUAAGAAAUGUGUACGAUAGUGGAAAAGGCAAAUUGGUCAGGAAGGAAUACGGCCACGUACUAAUUUGUGGUGCGCCAAACCAUUUGGCUAACUACUGGUUCACUACUAAAUAGCAAAAUCUCAAUUUUCCCCCACGAGAUAUUGAGUAUUACUUAUCACAUUGUCUGAUAUAGAGAGAGUUGGAUUGGUACCUGCUUACCCAGAAUUACAUUGGUAUUUGCAUUUAUGUUUUUUUUUCAAUAUUAGGGAUAGGGAAACAUACCCGCUACCAACAGUGAGAUGCAUGUAAUGGCUCGUCAAUCUCAAAAUCUACCAGACCAAUCUCUUAAAAAACAUUCACAGAGGUAGGAUGUGCAUGUGUACAUUUAUAUGUGUGCGUGCAUGUAUUUACUCAUGCUCCAAAAAAAAA